GAAUCCUGACUUGUUAAAAUGAAAUACUACUUCUUAUUGAAAGGAUCGGAAUUCACUUCGGAAUCAUUGAGGAAUCUUUCUCCUUGAUUCAUACAUGACUGAAACUAUUCAACCACUAGGGUGAACUUUAUCCACAAUGGCAGAAGCAACAAACAAAAUCCGUCAUGACCCACAACUGCCCUCGGUUGAACGCAUAUUGGCAGUAGUGCGAGAUGAAAAUAAACGAAUGCAUGAGGAGGUUAGGACCCUAAGGAAUGAACUGCGGGAACUGACGAGUGCUGUAGCCACGCAGUCGGCUUAUAUGCAACAAUAUAUGAAGCAAAAAUUUAUGCCCCAAAAUCCCCCUUCCAAAGCCGUAACAAAAUUCGAAUUUCCUAUACAGACAGAAUCAGAUCUUGCAGAUUUUGAAAACUCCAUUACCGACGAAAAUCGCGAAGACUGUGUAGCACAAAUAAGAUCGAAAAUUUUUAGAGUCGGAUCGCUUGCCUCAUCCUUGACCAAUAUUUUAUCGGAACAAAUUCUUUUGGAAUAUAAUGUAGAUGGAAUGAGUGGAAGAAAACGACUGCGACAUUAUGUUAAUUUUUUUAACGCUCUCUUGGAGGCAAUUAAACUGAAUGAUUCGUCCGAACCAGCAACUAAGCAACUGGCAAAUGCUAUUUCCAAAGUAAAAACCAGAGUCCGAUAUAAAGAUAAAUUGGGAAAAAGUUUGACUAGCUCUGAAGUAGUUUACUUGGAUUCAAGUCCCUUUGAUGGUAGCUGUGAUGAUGCCGACACGAUGCCGUCAAUGGAGGAUGAUGAAGAUUUCCAUGAAGACAAAUUAAUUGCAAACAGCGAGGAUGAGUACCUGAUAACGGAACUGGUUGAUGAAAGUAAAUUGAACUUAAAAGAUAUAGAAUUUCCAAUAGAAUCAUACGAAGAUCUAGAGAAAUUGGACAAUGAGAUAGCCAACGGAAAACAAAAUGAAUAUAUGAGCCAGAUCCUCUAA